GAUUUGUCAGUCAAAUUUCGUUUCUCAGACGCAUUUCAAGAUAUCAAACCCAUCUCACAUUCAUCAAAAUGAUGUCUUCCGGAAAUUUGCCUCCCAACGCUUACCAAUCUUUAUCGUCGAGAGUGAUGAGGAUUCCGAUGCGACAUACGUUCACACUAGACCAGAAACGGAUCCUGAUGAAAUACUUUGAACAGGGAAUGGUUGGACAAAGUCUCAUGUAUCAAGAGAAGAUCCAGCAGUGUGCACAGGAGGCUUCGCUAGAAUUCGAUGUCGUUAGGAACUGGAUCGGGAACCAGCGGAGAAAACGUCGAUUGGAAGAAGUUCAAAGAGCAUGCAUGCAGAAUUACAUCGACCAGGUUCCUCCAGGCGAAAGUAAUGAAGGAAUACCACCUACCAAAAUACAAACCUUGACCAUGGCACCACCCCGCCAAACUCAGAUGCUCUUCUUACCACACAUGGCAAAGCAACACGGACCCGGUACGACACCGCCUCAACAGCCACUUCCUAGUGGGACACCCGUUGAGGGCGCUGUCCAUAGUUCAGAGGCACCACCCAAUCCACAACACAGUGAAGCCAACCAAGCACAGAUAAAUCAAAUGGCGCUAACGCAAUUGGUACCAACGAACCAGAACGUCCAGCAACCUUCACCACAGGUACAGACCCAGCCACCCCAUACGUCUCCAUGCUUGCCAAAUCGUUCGAUUCCACCGUAUCUUCAAGGACAAUCCACUGUUUACCCACCAGUAACGGCAAACGAUGGCAUGCAGGCGAAUAGCAUGCCACCUCAAUCAACACCUCCAGUUCAAGCCCCCACAUCACAGAGAUCCAACCAUUCUUCCCCGCUUGGAUCUGUGUCAUCUCCUGUCAUGUCGGCGGCGUCAAUGCAGGAUGAAGAAAUUGGGUUCCAUCAGACCCCCAUCCGAGGGUUCUACCCUGGUCCCAGGGGACCAAGAAUGAUGCCAGGAGGUGCAGUUCCGAUGCCAGGGCAUCCGCAACAGAGAAUGUCACCUCCAAGCUUUACCGUCUACCCGUCAGUCAAGAUGAUGCCUCCUCCAAAGGAAUCACCAGAAAUGAGGCACCAUGAAAUAAGACGAAUCGUGGAGCAGAUUCAAAUGAAUUUGGAUCGCUUGGAACAACUUGGCUGUGAGUCUCUCCUCGCGACAGUGUCCACGCCUGAUCGCUCAGCGUAUGUCUGCGGCACCCCUAUAGCCCUCCAAUACUUCUCUAAAGUCAACAAGGAUCACCCAAUGGCUGAGUAUAUCCACAAGCAGGUAUCAUCCGAUGGGGACUUUGACCCAGACGGUCUCGACGGUGACAGCCCGAACGCAGAUGACGUGGGCUUGGAUGAGCAGGGAGUAAAAUUGGAGAGUGAGGGAAAGCAGAAUGAUAAACAUGAGACGCCCAUGGGGAUUGGCCAGCCAGUACAAGAGCGGGUGAAGCUGAACCCAGAACUGACCAAUGAGGAGGAGGAUGACAUGGACAUGAUUGGGGAUGGAGAUGGGAUAAUAAAAGCAGGUGAGGAGAUUUAUAUCGUUAAUAAAGAUCGGAUGGUGAUUGGAACAGGGAUGCUCUAUCCCAGACCUCAUGAUAAGAUGACCUUUAAGAACUCACCUGAAUAUCCAGAAUAGAACGAUUAUCAUAUUGAUAAGAAAAAAGAUAUAGAGCAAGAUCGAACAGAUAAGAAGAUGAUUUGAUGAAUAAUGCAGUCAAAGUAGCAUCGAUAUUCAGAGCUUGAAGCCGAAAUUUAGGGCAAGAGUAUAACUGAUGAAUCGAGCGGCGGAUUUGUGUAAGAUGUCGGCAUCGUCGGUAACAAGAUACUUUCAGAAAUGAAUAUGUUAUUCGGGAAUCAUGAAUAGAUACAAUAAACAGUCAACUUUAUAUGGACAUAACACUCAUAAAACGUUGGGCAACCUAUAUACUGACCAC